AUGGGUAAAAAACAGCAUCAAAAAGAUAAGCUAUACCUCACAACUACAGAAUGGAAGGAAAUUGGUGGUCAUAAAGAUGAUACUGGGACUCGCCUUCAACGAGCUCAGUUCAAGAGACUUCCUCUCACACACUGUGCCCUCUCACUUCUUCCUUUUGAGGACCCCGUUUCCACAAGAUCUGGAGAAAUUUUCGACUUAACACAUAUUAUCCCUUAUUUGAAAAAGAAUGGUGUCAAUCCAUGCACCGGAAAGAAAAUGAGUAGCAAGGAUCUUAUUCAUCUGAAGUUUGACAAAGAUGGUGAAGGAAGAUUCCGCUGUCCCGUGACAUUUCGACAAUUUACUGAUCACACUUAUGUAGUUGCAAUCGCCACCACUGGGAAUGUGUUCUCUUAUGAGGCAGUACAGGAAUUGAACCUCAAAGCUAAUCACUUGAAAGAUCUCCUCACUGAUACGCCAUUCCAAAGAAGCGAUAUUAUCGUAUUGCAGGACCCACAUCACCUUGAAAAAUUUAAUAUGGAGAAAUUUUACCAUGUCCAGUUCGACCCAAAGACAAAAGAGCAGAUCGAGAAAGAAAAGAAGGACAUGCAGGAUCCGAAGUUCUACAUACGUCGCAUGAAUAACGAGACCAAGGAAGCUUUGGAUCAAUUGAAAAAGGAUUAUAUUCCAAAAAAGAUUGAACCUUUGGCUGAAGAAACAGCUGAUGAAAUUAACGCCGCGCAUUACAGUCAAGGACAUGUUGCUGCUGGUUUUACUUCCACCACUUUGGCACCCGUAACGAAACAGAAAGCAGCUGUUUUAUCCGACGAGGCUGUAAGAUAUGCUCGUGUGAAGAAGAACGGAUAUGUUAGAAUUAUCACAAAUCAUGGAUCUCUUAAUAUUGAAUUAUUCUGUCCGAAAGCUCCAAAAACAUGUGAGAAUUUCAUUCUGCUGUGUUCAAGAGGAUACUAUAAUAACACAACAUUCCAUAGGAUAAUAAAGAAUUUCAUGAUGCAAGGUGGUGACCCAACUGGUACAGGACAUGGCGGAGAAUCAGCAUGGGGCAAACCUUUUGACGACGAGUUCGCACCGGGUCUUUCUCAUGAUGCUCGAGGGAUUCUGUCCAUGGCUAAUAAGGGUACGAAUACGAAUCAAUCUCAGUUCUUUAUAACAUUCCGGCCGUGUAAAUAUCUGGAUAAAAAGCACUCCAUAUUCGGACGAGUUGUUGGUGGUCAAGACACAUUAAUAUCUAUAGAAAAAGUUGAAACAGAUGGGAGUGACGCACCGAAGGAGCCGGUGUAUUUUAUGCGUGCUGAAGUUUUUGUUGAUCCUUUCGAAGAGGCAGAAGCAGAAGUUCAAAAGGAGCGAGCCAAUUUAUUGAAUAAAGAUGCUCAGAAGGAAGCGGAGUUGAAGAAGGAAGCAGCAGCGCGACCUAAAACAUAUGGUACAGGUGUAGGAAAAUACAUAAAUCCUCAGAAUAAACGGCCGGCUACCGAUGUUUCGCCAGCUUUAACGGCAUUGAAAAAGAAAGCGGUUAAGACAUCAUUAACCGACUUUUCAGCUUGGUAA